GGGUAUGGUAGGAGUGUUUGUCCCUCAGUCCUUGCCGUAGCUCAGAUUUAUCCAAUCAGUUUGCAUCCUUGGAAGAAGGUAGGUGCGGCUUAGUCAAUGACACGCCAACAAAGCUGCGAAUCAGAUGAGAGCCGAUAGCGCUGCAGCCAAUCAAGGAGCGGUAUCCGCUGGGCCGGCCCGCCUGUUGGAGCUCGCACAUGCGCAGCGGCCCCUCGGCACUCGUGUCUGUGUGCCCGGUUCCGAGUCGCCUCUUCGAUUCAUGAUAUAAUAUCCGAACUCUGACCCACUGAAGCAUGUCGUGGCUGUUUGGCUUGAAUAAAGGGCAGGCGAGCCCCCCGCCGGAUCUGCCCCUGCCCCCGCCGCCGGUCGGGGGGUCUGGCGGUGCCGGGGAAGGGGGGGAUAAACCCAAGGACAAGUGGAGCAACUUCGACCCCACGGGGCUGGAGCGAGCGGCCAAGGCGGCUCGGGACCUCGACCAGUCACGCCAUGCCAAGGAAGCGCUGGAUCUGGCCCGCAUGCACGAGCAAACUCUGCAGAUUGAGCAGCAGGGCAAGAUGAAGGAGUACGAGGCAGCGCUGGAGCAGCUGAAAGGAGAGCAGAUCCGAAUCCAGGGCGAGGAGAGACGGAAAACACUGGGGGAGGAAACCAAGCAGCACCAAGCGAGGGCGCAGUACCAGGACAAGCUGGCUCGGCAGCGCUAUGAAGACCAGCUCCGGCAGCAGCAACUGCUGAACGAUGAGAAUCUUCGGAAACAGGAAGAGUCCGUCCAGAAACAGGAAGCCAUGCGGAAAGCGACGAUCCAGCAUGAGAUGGAGCUGAGGCACAAGAACGAGAUGCUGCGGAUCGAGGCCGAGUCGAAAGCGAAGGCGAAGGUGGAGCGCGAGAACGCUGACAUCAUCCGCGAGCAGAUCAGACUGAAGGCAGCCGAACACAGGCAGACCGUGCUGGAGUCCAUCCGGACAGCAGGCACUGUGUUCGGAGAAGGAUUUAGAGCCUUCGUUUCUGACUGGGAUAAAGUCACAGCCACGGUCGCGGGGCUCACCCUGCUGGCAGUGGGGGUGUACUCUGCCCGCAAUGCCACGGCGGUGGCGGGGCGCUAUAUCGAGGCACGGCUCGGGAAACCCUCGCUGGUGCGCGAGACCUCCAGGAUCACCGUGGGGGAGGCCAUCAAACACCCCAUCAAGAUGGGCCGGCGCCUCGCCAGCAAGCCUCAGGACGCCCUGGAAGGAGUGGUGCUGAAUCCCAUGCUGGAGGAGCGGGUGCGAGACAUCGCUAUAGCGACGCGGAACACUCAGCAGAACCGCGGGCUAUACCGGAACAUUCUGAUGUACGGACCUCCGGGGACCGGCAAGACCCUGUUUGCAAAGAAACUGGCAAUGCACUCUGGGAUGGACUACGCCAUCAUGACUGGUGGAGACGUCGCCCCCAUGGGGAGAGACGGCGUCACUGCGAUGCACAAAGUGUUCGACUGGGCCAGCAGCAGCAGAAGAGGGUAAAUAGAGUCCUGACUGCUCCUAACAGACU